GUGCUCGUAGUCUCCCUCGAGGAGCUCAUGGCCAUUCAGCCUGGAGCAACCGCCAGCUCUGAAUUGCUGGAUGGAAGGAAGCCGCUUCCUUCAACAUCCCAUCCUCGUCGCCAGUGAAAUGUAGUGGUUCCAAUGAGCCAGGCAACUCCAAGCGACUUCAGCAUCUCUUUAUUACAUGAUAAAAGCAAGUAGUAAAAGGCUAGAACAAGCUUACUUAACCAGAAACAGACCAAGAAUAUAUACUGUUAAGGCUGCUGCUACAGGCUGGCCGCUGGGUGGAGUAAUUGACCAGCAAAGCUGAUUGGGCCUAAAACCCCGGCCAGCUGUUAGUAGAACAAAUAACCACAGGGUGGGGCCGUUGCAACCCGGAAGCACAGGCAAGCCGAUCCCAAGACACAACAGGGACAAUUUCUCCCUCCCCCAGAACCAAGGGUGGACAAUCAACAUAGUCUUUAGGAGGCAAUACCCACAGCCAUUCGGUCUUGUCUGGGUUAAGUCUGAGCCUGUUGACUCCCAUCCAGACCCUCACAGCCUCCAGGCACCGACACAUCACAUCCACUGCAUCACUGAAUUGAUGCAGGGUAGAGAUAUACAGCUGGGUAUCAUCUGCGUAUUGCUGAUAUCUCACCCCGUAUCAUUGUAUGAUCUCACCCAGUGGCUGCAUGUAGAUGUUAAAUAGGGGAGAGAGGACCGAGCCCUGAGGCACCCCGCAAAUGCGGGGCCUAGGGGUCGACUUCUGUCCUCCUACCAACACCAACUGUGACCGACCAGAGAGAUAGAAGGAAAACCACCGUAACACGGUGCCUCCCACUCCCAACUCCCUUAGUCGUCCCAGAAGGAUACCAUGGUCAAUGCCGCUGAGAGGUCAAGUAGCACCAAGAUGGAGGAAUGACCCCCAUCUUGGGCUUGCCAGAGAUCAUCCAUCAGUGUGACCAAAGCAGUUUCCGUGCUGUAGCCAGGUCUGAAGCCAGACUGAAAAGGGUCCAAGGGUCUUCAUGCUGCCCCCAAGGUCCCCGGGCCCACCUGCCUGGCCUGCUAACCACCCACCUUAUCCCCAGCCUCCAGCUUGCUUACCUUCACUCUUUGGACUGAAUCCCAAGCCUCUGGUUGCAAUGCCUACCUUGCUUCACCUGCUGCAAUCCCUGCAAACAAUUUCAUCGGCAAGCAACUGAAUCUGCCUGCCUGCCUGCUUUGUGCCUUCAAUUGGUAGCAGCUGCCUUUAACGGAUGAAAAGGCAACAGACUUUGAUCGGUUUCUUGGCCAAGAAACCAAAACUUGUACAACAACCAUCAGAAGUGGCCUUGGAUGAUCCAAAACUAUCCCAAGCACCACAAACUUCACCACUUGAAACCAGAGAAAGCAAGCCAAGUAUUGAGUCACCCGCCACAUCUGAAAGUGAAAGCAUUCUUCCAGACUGCUGGACUAUGCAACAGUACAUCAACUUCCAAGAGAAAUAUGAUGGGUUGGAAGUUUCAAACAAGAAACUAGGUUGCAAGUACUGUGUGAAACAUGACUUUGCAAUAGAGCGCAGUAUUCAUGUGUCCAAAGAGUGGAAGCUUUUCAAGAUUGAGGCGGCUGGGAAAAACAAGGAUGUGCAGCAGGCAUCUCUAAGGAAGAAAAUGAGAGAACAUUUCAUAUCAAAAUCACACACCAUUUGUAGAGACAACAUAAAGCAAGCAGAGCAGGAAGCCAUAACAAAAGCAAUGGACAAGAUUUCUAAAAAGAAAUAUGGCACCACUUCUAAAAUGUUCAAAACUGUUUACAGCCUGGCAAAAGCAUGCAGACCAAUUUCAAGCAUAGAGGAAUUGAUAGAAUUACAAACUGAAAAUGGAGUAGAUCUGGGAGUAAGAUUGCAUUCAAGGCCAACAAUUGUGAAAACAGUUGAGUACAUUGCAAACAAAAUUAAAACCCAAAUGUUUACCAGCACCAUUGAACAGAAUUUGAAAAUAUGUCUGAUCAUUAAUGAAGCCUCAACAGUAUCCUGCAAACCAGUUUUGAUAGUGUUCGUAAAAGUUGAGGACUCAGAGGACCCACCAACAAUUUUUGUUGAGCUUGUUGAAUUGAAGAAACAAGAUGCAGAGACAAUAUGUUCUGCAGUUUUUGAAAGUUUAUAUAAGGUUGGAUUUACCCAGGACUAUCUACAAAAAAAUUUAAUAGCGUUCUGCUCUGAUGGUGCCAGCGUUAUGCUUGGGAGAAAAUCUGGAGUGAGCAUCAGAUUAGCAAAAGAGUUUCCAAACAUCAUCAUAUGACACUGCUUGAACCAUUGCCUCCAACUUGUUUUAGAUGAUGCCAUAAAGGAAAUAAAGCAAGUAAAUCAUUUAAAAAUAUUUAUUGAUAAGAUAUGCUCCAUUUUUCAGCAAUCCAAAAAGAACCGAAUUGAACUUGACGAAAUAUCUGAAAGAACUUGACAUUAACAUCAUAAGGAUUGGUAGAGUUUUUGGGCCAAGAUGGGCUGGAAAAUAAAUAUUUCUUAAAUGAUUUGGCGUUGAUGACUGAUAUUCUUGAAGAAAUCUCACUUCUUUCAAUUGCACUGCAAGCACGCAAUUUGGACAUAAUAAAGGCUGAAAAACUGGUAAGAAGAUCAAUAAAAGCAUUUAAACUGCUUACAAAGGGAAAGGGCCCAUACGAAACAAAAGUUGAUGGACUAAUUACUUCAGAAACCUUCAGAAAUAUAAACUUCAUAGAAAAUCAUCAAUUUGUUGGACUUCAUCAGGAAAGACUUUUAGGAAGCAUAAAACAUUUGCAGAAAUGACUGAUGGACUGUGAACAUUUAAAAACUGGUAGCCAAUUGCAAGACACCACAAAUAAACUACAGUUUCUACAUUUUUUAGUGCCAGAGUACUGGGAUUUUGAGAAAAUAGUCGUUCAAUGGACAGCAGCUGAAGAACAACUGCACACAUUUGGAGACAUAUUCAAUUACAACAUUAACAUCAACGAAUAUAGAUAUUUUGUGGAGAAUGCGUUAAAAGAUUCGAAGGGGUAUGCAAUUCCUGACAGUAUUAAAAAAACAAAAGAUAUUGUCAGAACAAUUGCAGUAAGUUCUGCAAAAGCAGAAAGGGGUUUUUCGAAAAUGAACUUCAGAGAGCAGAAGUCGCCUAACCGUUUCCAAUUUAACCAACCUCAUGACCAUCAGCGUUACUGGCCUAACUCUUCCAAAAUGGGACCCUAUUCCUGCAGUGAAAAAGUGGUUCAGAGAACACUAUCGUUCAGCCAAUGAUCCGGGCAUCAAGUUCAGGAAAAGUGGAAGUGAGGAGAGUGCCACUGAAAUAGCUAUGUGGAAACAUCUUAUAGCUAAAGAUGACUAACAGUUUUAUGUAGGUAUUUGUGUACCUCUUUUAUUGUUUUUUUUAUUGUUUUGUGUACUUCUUUUAUUCUUAU